AUGCGGGGCAGCCGCAGGCAGGCGAGGGCGAGCCGCGCACGGCCGGCGAGUCGCCCACAGCCCGGCGGGGCAGCGGUAACGUUGCGCGGGCACAGGGCGGGGCGCUGGCUGAUCUCGGUUCGCCGCUCAACGGCCGCUUCACCUUCCGCGAAUUCGUCGUCGGCGAGACCAACGAACUCGCCCACGCGGCGGCGCAACAGGUCGCGGGCGUCGACCACCUUUCCGUUCAACCCGCUCUAUCUCUACGGCGGCGUCGGCCUCGGCAAGACCCACCUCUUGCACGCGACCGCGUGGUGCAUCCGCGGCCGCGAGCCGGGGCGGCGCGUCCUCUACCUCUCCGCCGAACGCUUCAUGUACCGGUUCGUCCAGGCGAUCAGGCAAAAGGACACGGUGGCGUUCAAGGAAAAGUUACGCUCCGCCGACGUGCUGCUCAUCGACGACAUCCAGUUCAUCUGCGACAAGGAAAGCACGCAGGAGGAAUUUCUCCACACGCUCAACGCGCUUCUCGACCAUCGCUGCCAGGUGGUGGUCUCCGGCGACCGCUCGCCCUCUCGCCUCGACGGGAUGGGGGAGCGCCUCAGGUCCCGCCUCGCAGGGGGCCUUGCCGUCGACAUCCUCCCCGCAAACUACGAGCUUCGCCUCGGAAUUCUGCGUGAAAAGGCGGCGCCGCUGGGGAUCGCAGAUGCACCGCGAGAGGUGCUGGAGUUCCUGGCCCGGCAGAUCUCGUCGAACGUGCGCGAGCUCGAGAUGGCCCUCAAUCGCAUUGCCGCCCAUGCCGCCCUCCUGGGAGGCGCGAUAACGCUGCAAACGACCCAGUCGGUUCUGCGCGACGUUCUUGGCGUAAAGGAGCGGCGGAUCACGAUUGAGGAAAUCCAACGGCGAGUCGCUGCGCACUACAACAUCAAGCCUGCGGAGUUGUCGUCGAACCGGCGUGCACAGGUAGUGGUGCGGCCGCGCCAUGUGGCGAUGUACCUCGCCAAGCAGCUCACGUCGCGCUCGCUGCCGGAGAUCGGCCGCAAGUUCGGCAAACGCGACCACACCACGGUCAUGUACGCGAUCCGCCGCAUCGAGGAGUUGCGGCCCAAGGACGCGGCUCUCGACGAAGACGUGGAGUUUCUCCGGCAAAGCCUCGAAGACUCGAAUCGCUGA